AUGUCAACAAGUUCAAAGAUGACCACAAGCCUCGUUUUUCUCUUCGCACUCUUGCUGUGUCUUGCUUCCAAUGCCUUCUGUGUCACUUACAAGGACAUUAUCCAACAAGCAACUGGAUACAAAAUAGCUCCUAGAACGUUUGACGGCACAUUGAAAACUCCUGGAACACCUGGAGUUUCAAAUUGGCACAUUGCUCAAUGGAAAAACGCGUAUGAACUCGGUGCUUUCAAUAAUCAAUAUUCUGUUUCCAAUCCUAGCUCUAGAGUGGUUUAUACUCCAUCCAAUAAUACUCUUGAGCUUGCUUUAAAUGGAAAUCUGUUGGGUUGUGGUGUUGCAAUACAAGGACACCACAAUACUUUGCAAUAA